CGCGCUCGCUCAGCCCCACCGCGCUGUCCCGCAGCCUGUCCCGCCUGCGCGAGCAGCGCGCCCGCUCGCGGGCCAUGCUGGCCCUGGGGGUCACGCAGAUGGUGCUCGGCUGCCUCAUCGUGGCCGUCAGCUUCGCCGCCCUGGCCCUCACCACCUCGGCCCGCGUCCGCCACUCCUGCCCGUUCUGGGCCGGCUUCUCGGUGCUGUUGUCCGGAUUGAUCGGUGUUGUUUCUUGGAAGAGACCACUUUCACUUGUGAUCACCUUUUUCAUGCUGCUGUCUGCAGUGUGUGUCAUGCUGAACUUGGCCGGCUCCAUCCUCUCCUGCCAGAACGCUCAGCUGGUGAAGUCCCUGGAAGGCUGUCAGCUGAUUAAAUUUGACAGUGACGGUGUCUGUGUUUGCUGUGAAAUGCAGCACCAAACAUCAGGCUGCAGUAACUUGGGAGAAACCUUGAAGCUGAACCCUCUACAGGAGUGUAACGCAGUAAGGCUGACCCUAAAGGACCUGUUGUUCAGUGUGUGCGCUCUCAAUAUCAUCUCCACCAUUGUCUGUGCUUUGGCAACAGCAAUGUGUUGCAUGCAGAUGGUUUCUUCUGAUCUUCUGCAAAUGUUUCCCUCUUACAGCCUUUUUCACUUUAAUUUCUGUGCCUUCCAGCAGGAUGAUAUCACACAGUUUCUGCCACAGAGGCCGCAUUCUGCCAAUCCUGACUGCAUGACUCCACACGGGACUGUCCUGCAUCAAACCUUGGAUUUUGAUGAGUUCAUACCACCAAUCCCACCUCCACCCUACUACCCCCCAGAAUACACCUGCACACCAGUGGUAGAGGCACAGAGAGGUCUCCAUUUGGACUUUCCUCAUUCCCCGUUCGGUGCUUUGUACGAAGUAACCAUUAAUAGCCCGGGAAUGCUGUAUCCAAGUGAACUGCCCCCUCCUUAUGAGGCAGUGAUGGGAGAGAUGCCUGCCAGUCAGGUCUCUGGUACCGCCCAGCAAGUGUCUGACUCAGCCCUGGGGGAGAGGAACGUGACCCCGGACUUCAGCACACAAGUUUCUGUUGAGAGCACCUCUCUGUUGGUCUCUGAGGCUGUUGAUAUCCCCGACCGCAGCUACUCCUCUGAAGAUCUUUGUUCGCUGGAAGUUCAAGGAUCUCUCCACUCUGCAGAUCUUUCUCCCUUCUGUAUAACCCCCAAAGGGGCUGCAGACCAGAGCUGCAGCCCCCUGGAUUACCACACUCACUGCAGGUUCCACAGAACUCGCUCAGAGGGUUUUCCUGAGGAUGACAGUUCCCACAGCCGAGCCUCCACAGACAGGGCUCACAGACAGGAAAAGAACCGUGGCCAUGGCAGGCCCUUGGACUGUUCCUCAGGGAAUUACAGCCCCUCAGAAAGAGAACUGCAGAGUUCUGCUCAAGAGAGCAAUGCCACGGCACCUUUGAAGCAAAAGAAAACCUGCUGUGUGGACUUCAGCCAGCCUGUCCCUUUGCAGACCUCUCCCUGUUUUGGGCCUGCGAAUACUUCAUCAUACACAAGUGGCCAUGAGACUGCUGUGCAGCAGCACAUUAGAAAACACCCAAUUUCAAACAUAGUCCGAUCAAACAGUGCCCCUGUGUCAUGGUCGUUUGGGACAGAAGGUGAUAAUUGUGCCUGGACUCCUGUAUGCAGCCAGUGUCAAGAUGCAGGAUUAUCUCCAGCUACAGUAGAAACAGUUGCUGUUUCUGGUUCUCAUAUGGCUGCCUCUGCCUGUCAGCAUUCUUUGAGCAGUUUCCUACCAACUGGAAAACAGAGGGAUACACGGAAAAUUGACCUGCACCUAAAGCCAAAGGCUUUUCACACAGUCUCAAAAGAGCGGCCACACUCCUUAGUGGACCUUAAGGCCUAUAAAGACACAAAAAUUUUAGUGGCAAAAUUUUUGGAACAUUCAAACUGUAAUCUCCCUCCAGAAGUACGUCACGUAGUGAACAGCAUCCGCUCAGUAAUUAAAUCUGAUGAGAGACACAUGGAAGAAGCCAUCUUCAGUGCCAAUAUUAUAGACCAGGUCAUUACGAGUUCCCAGCAGAAUGUGAAAACCUGCAGAAAGCGCCUUCGGGAAGAUCUUCACCUUCAGAGCUGUGGUGCUCUGAGCUCGCCAGUUGCCUUCUCACGUAGGUCCCACAUCUCCCGAAGUUUAGAGCGGGACAGGCCCCACAGUUUAAUUGGAGUUUGCCGGGAGACCAUCCUUUGAUAACAUUCACAGGUACGUGAUUCCAGCAGAGAGAAUUGUGGAAGAAACCAGGACUGGGAGAAAUACAAAUAGUGGAUGACUUAAAAAGGAAAAAGUGUCUUUCCUUGGAAUUCCACUUCUUUCCAACAGCAGGAUGAGAACACCUGUUUUUCUGAAUGUAAAUUUCAGCCUUGAUUUUUGCAAAAUUUUAAUUGAUUUAUUAGUUAAGUCAUAACAAGUGUUUUCCCAACUGGAAAUGCAUUUAUGUCACUGUACUUACAGAAAUGCUACUGAUGCUGCCCAGCAUUUCUUGAAAACCAUUGCAAACCCACUAGAGACUGACUGUACAACUUUAAAGUUGUAUUUAUUUAAUGUACCUCAAAGUGUUUUAACUAUCGUCAGUGUUUUAAUAAAAAGUAUUUCUGGACUUUGCUUUUUCAACAACUGAUUUGGAUUUACAUUUGGAAAUGUAAAGGGGAUCCACACACACAUAACAGUGCUGCUUCUAAUCCAUUUUCCCAGUGUCCUUCAUUCCAGAAUAAGUGAUCUGUCAGAUUAAAACUCCUCCCCCCCCCGUGUUGCCCUCUUAACCUACAGGACUGGCUGCAGUGUGGUUUAUUUUUGCUUUGUUCUGAAUGCCCAUGAGUUUAUUCCAGCAGUAGCAUCUGGUACUGAGAAAUGAGGUUUAAUUACUCUGCAGUGUGUGGCCAAAAGAUGCAUUAGGGAAGAAGACUUUGAAAUUCUGCAUUUCCAAAAAGCACCUUUCGCAAACUUUUUACCAACACCAAUAGCAAGUUAGAUGAAUUUUUAUCUAGCAGAGCCUUGAACGUUUUUUCAAAAAGAAUUUUUACUCCAAUUAGUAGUUUUGACAAUUUUAUUACUAAAACAUGUCCUUAUGGUUCUGCUGUGUUUAUGAUUUAUUUAACAUUGAUCUUAAAAAAAAAAUCAGAAAGUAAAUAUCAUCAACACUAAUUUGAUUACCAGCAUAAACACAGGUCUGCCAGCAACGUCUUCCAGUGCAAGCUUCAUCCUGGCUCUCUCAGAGGAAAUUGGAAAGGCCUUAAACAAAAGGUUCAUAAAGAACCUACCCCAGGUUGGUGUUUCGGGGGUUAAUUGUUUUGCAGCAGUGCUUGGCAGGAGCGUUACUUUCCAUUUGAGGUUUAAUCAUAUACUGGUUUCAUUUGUGUCACUCUGAGCUGGGCAGACAUCCUGUGAAAAGGUCACAAAGGAAUGUAGCUGAAGAUGGGUAGUUUAAGUCUUACAGAAUCAUCCAUUUUAAUGUAUUUUAAUUAUAGCAUGCUCCUAUAUUGAUGUGAAGUUACAGUGACAUCCAGUGGCAACAAGGUUUGCUAAUUGAAAGCAUCUACUCUCAAGAUAAUAAUGAUAUACAAAUUCCUAAUUCAAGAGAUUAAUUCCCUUUUAAAAAUUAAUCUGUGACCUUUGCAACUGCACUUAGAUGAAGAAUUAAAUGAUCUUCCACUUGGAUUUUUUUACUAUGUAAACUUAUAAAACAAACAAAAUAAGCAAGCUUCCUUUCUUAUUUCAGAUUUAUUAGUGAUAGGUUAAUUCUUUCCUAAGGUCAGUUGCAUGCAACACACUACUCCUUGACGUACAGUCAUCUAAAGCUCUUUAGUUACUGCAUGGUAAGGCUUCUUAAGUCACAGUGUAUUUUCUUCAAGGCCUUGGCCGAAAGAAAAAGUAUUAGACAAAGUUACACCAGUUAACAUUUAUCUCAUAAGGAAUACAACUUUACUACUAGGUUUGUUAUCUACACACAUUCUAAUACUGCUGAUGGUGCUAGGUUAUUUGUCAAAACAAUUUACAUUCAGAACACAUUGCCUUAGGAAUAAGAAUGCUUUAUAAAAGACAGAAACAGGUAAGCAUGGCUUUCCCAUUUUGAGCUAAUAUGAACAAAAAAGUAAUAUGCAAAAAUUAAAGGAAAAAAACCCCAGCCCAACACAUACAGUACACAACCUGUGCAAUAAGUUAUCCAUGAAAUAACUCUGUUAAAUCAUAAAAAUCACAAGCAUUAAAAAUAAAUAUGUAUCUAAAUAAAUAUUUUGAUUUUAAUCUUGUGGCAAUUAUUCUUUAUUUAGCAUAUGAAACACUUGUUACAUGUUUAUGUUCACACCUUGCCAAACAGGUUACACUUGUCAUAACAAUACCAAGUACUACAGUGGUUUUCUUUACAUUAGAAUCUAAAAGUUUUAACUGCACGCAUUCCUUCCCACUGAAAUACCACCUAUUCAGCACCAGUUUUAAAAUUAUGCAAAGUCAUCAGUAUUGGACCACUUUAUGGGACUGGGAUUUUUUUUUAACUUGAGGCAGCCAUAACUUUCUCUAAUUGCUUCUCUUUGCCAUUACCUGCAGUCUCAUUCAUCAAAUAUUCACAUUCACUGUGUUAUCAAACAAGACAGACAUACAUCACUCCACAUAAAGGUUACAAAUAAAUAUGUUUUAACUUCUAUGAGAAAAGGGUUUAGAAGAUGUUGCAAAAUACUUAAAUGUUUACAAAGAUUUUUGUCAGUGAUUAUUGUCCUUGACCAUCCUUCUCAACACUUUUUGUCAAAGAAAUAGAAAGGAAGGAGAGAAAAGCAGAGACACCUGUCUGUUCCUUGUUCUGGAGUCCUCGGGUCAGCUUCCAAGCCUUUCAUUCAUACAAAAUACAAAAUUCUCUUCAGCUAUGACAGCUUCAGCUUGGAUGGAAAAUGCUAAAUGUACAGGGGGGUCUCCUGCCCAGUUAGAAGCCUGAACAUGGCUGCUGGCAUAGUCUUCAUGUGUAUCUGUCAAUUAAUUACACAUAAAUUAACACAGUUGGUACUAGUUUAAAAUAAUCCAUAAGGCCCCCAUCUCUCUCCUUGUGCUCUAAGUGCAUUUUUUGUCCUGGUUUCUACAGAUGUGAGUGUUACCAGAGUUUCUAGUUCAAAGUUCUCCGAUUUCAAGAUGUUGGUUCACUGUCUUUGAUUUUUUGUGUGGGUACUUUUAUUAUUUAUUGAUGACAACGACAGGAUGCAACAUUGUAUGACACCUAAACACUUUCUGUUGUUACACUCUACUCCGAUUACAGCCCUUAAAAAAGAAGCAGCACACAAACCUCUGAAAAUUCAUUCUGCUGUUCUGGUAUUAACUGAACUUAAGAUUUUUUAUUCUACCUUCCUUCCCUGUGGGAAUGUCAUUUCCUAUGUAUUUUCUCCUAAUUGAAUUAUGACCCUCUGAACACAACACUUGGACUUUACCACCUGAUGUUUAAAUGCCAGGCAAGAGUUUGGUGGAGCAGGUUCUCUUGUGGCUCCUGUACUUCAGUUCUUUCUACAAGGAGUGCUGUGCUCAGUGCCAGAGGGAUUUUACAGAUGGGAAGGCUAAAGGCUCAGUUAACGAGGGUUCUGUCAGAACUGUACGAACGGCUGUGAGUACCUAUCAGACAACACAAGAGGAAGGAAAGGAAACUUUACUGAUAAUAUGGACCCUCACCAGCCACGUGCUGCCUUGACAUCUUGUUCUCUUCAUGCUGUAAAGAAGUUCCAUGCUGUCCUCUCCUGUUUAGUGAGGAAUUACCCAGCACAGAGGGACAUGAAGGCACAGUGGGGCUGCUGAAAGGUGCGGCUUUGCUCCUGGCAACGGGCACGUUCUCUGGAUUAUCUGUCAACUAUCACUUUCCACAAGGAAACCAGCUUGCUUUAAUUUUUGGCAAAGGAACUAGUGGGAGAUCUGGCCAGGGUUGUGUAUGAGACUACCACUAAAUUCAGAAGGGAUUUUGAUAAACUGGAGGAUCUUGCUCAUUUGUUGCUGAUUUCUCUCGAAAAGAGAACUCUUUCUCUGGAAAGAGGUGUCUUAGCUUAUUCCCAAAGUUUGGAAAAUAAAUUAUUAAAAUGUCUAUCAA